AGACCCUGCCGCUCAACAUAACAGCACCCGGAGUAGCUUCUUCCUCUUGGCACGUCGUCCGUGGUGAACGAGCAUGGCGCCUUCACUGCCGCAGCAGCUCAACCUUGCCCUCGCGGACCUCAAGGCACUGUCCGUGCUCGGCCAGGGCGCCAGGGGCGUGGUCUUCCACGUCGUGCCCGUCGCCGCAGGCGGGGACAGCACCGCUGCAGGCGCGGGCGAGCCCAUGGCGCUCAAGGCCAUGUCCCGCGCCGCCGCGCGGCACAAGGGAGCGGCGGGGCCAGCAGGAGGCACGUGCGGCGGAGACGGGCACCGGAGGAUCUGGUUCGAGCGCGACGUUCUGCUCGCGCUCCGCCACCCGCUGCUCCCGUCCCUCCGCGGCGUCGUGGCCACCGACGCCGUCGUCGGCUUCGUCAUCAACCGCUGCCCCGGCGGCGACCUCAAGUCGCUCCGGCGCCGCUGGCGCGCCCAGACCACGUUCCCGGAAUCCGUCAUCCGGUUCUACGCGGCGGAGCUGGUGCUCGCGCUCGAGCACCUUCACGGCCUCGGCGUCGUGUACCGCGACCUCAAGCCGGAGAACGUCCUCAUCCAGGAAUCAGGCCACGUCAUGCUCGUCGACUUCGACCUCUCUACCACGUUGCCGCCGCCUCUGCCCCCGCCGCCGCCGGACGCGGCCCCAGCACGCGCCAGCUCGCUUUUACCUUCCUCACAUCGCCACAGGCGCAGGAACAAGAACACGAAGGCAUCUACGGUUUUCGCGUGCUUCUCCCGCCGCCACGUAGCUUCGCCCCAGUCCCCGUUGUUCACUUCCAUGACUGCCCCGUCCGCGUCUUCGUCGUCAUGCUGCUCGCCGCCGGGCGUUCGGACGCCAGCCAAGUCGAACUCGUUCGUGGGCACGGAGGACUACGUGGCGCCGGAGAUCGUAGCCGGCAGCGGGCACGACUACGCCGUGGACUGGUGGGGCCUCGGCGUGGUGAUCUACGAGAUGCUGUACGGAUGCACCCCAUUCCGGGGCCGGAGCCGGCGGGAGACGUUUCACCGCGUCCUCACCGCGCCGCCGGAGCUGCCCGGCGAAGCGACGCCGUUGUGCGACCUCAUCACCAGGCUCCUCGAGAAGGACCCCGGGAAGCGACUAGGCGCGCGCGGCGUCAAGCGCCACGCCUUCUUUAGAGGCGUCGACUGGGACCGCGUCCUCGACGUGGCGCGCCCGCCGUUCAUCCCGUCGCCUGAUGAAAACGAUGCUAACUCCGGCGCGGUGGUGGAGGCCGAAGCGCUGGACGUGGAGAAGGUCGUACAUGAAGUGUUCGGCUCCAGUGGUGCCGGCGAGACGAGCCUUAUGGAUGUCUGCAGCGACGGAGGGACAGAUGACGAUUUCUCCAUAUUCUUCUGAGUUUCGGUUAGCUAUUUACCUAUUUCUGCACUAGUAGAAACUACGUAACUGUACUUUCAAAAAAAACCCCGAAACUACCUAAAUGUACUCAAAUAUAUACAUCCUUAUGCAUGUACGUAUGCAUUUGCUUGCAUAGAUGCCUUGCUUCGUACAAGUACAAAAAAAUAAAAGACUAAACUAAGGGCACAUUUGGUUCCCUAGGCGAGCCUCAGGCUGUCUCCAGCAACGUCCUCUAUAUUCAUCUUCUAUAUCCAUCAUUUACAGUCUUCUCUAAAAGAUUUCAUCCUCUAUAUCUCCUUCCUCUCCAACACAACAUCCUCUAAAUGACGUCCUCUAUACUCAAAUAUCUAUAUUAGAGACAUUUUU